GACAGAUGGAUGGCCUCUCAGCUUCUCCCAGGCGCCUCCGCCUGACCCUCUAGUCGCGGAGCUAGGAUGUCGUGGCUGCCAGAGCCUCCGAGGUAACUCCUACCGGGUCUGGCUCUCACUAGACAGAUUUGAGAUCUCCCAAGCACAGACCAGUGGCGAGAGGCUAGCCAGGCCAACACCUUCGGGCACCUGCACCUGCAGCAUCGCCUUGGUUCGCGGAGGAGAAAGGGCGGAAGCCUUUUGGCCCUCUGACGCUUCCGUAGCGAGGGGGCGGGGCCCGGAAGGGAGCAGGAUGGCGGCGCUGGACAGUGACAGCGAAGAGGACUUGGUCAGCUAUGGGACGGGCCUGGAGCCGCUGGAAGAAGGUGAAAGACCAAAAAAACCAAUUCCUCUUCAGGAUCAGACUGUCAGAGACGAAAAAGGAAGGUAUAAACGGUUUCAUGGGGCCUUUAGCGGAGGUUUCUCUGCUGGGUACUUCAACACUGUUGGCUCGAAAGAAGGAUGGACGCCCUCUUCCUUCGUGUCUUCGCGACAGAACAGAGCAGACAAAUCUGUUCUUGGUCCCGAAGACUUCAUGGAUGAAGAGGAUCUUAGUGAAUUUGGGAUAGCACCUAAAGCAAUUGUCACCACGGAUGAUUUUGCUUCCAAAACCAAAGAUAGAAUACGAGAAAAGGCCAGGCAGUUAGCAGCUGCUACUGCCCCCAUUCCUGGAGCUACUCUGCUUGAUGACCUCAUAACACCAGCAAAAUUAUCUAUUGGUUUUGAAUUGCUAAGAAAAAUGGGCUGGAAGGAAGGACAAGGAAUUGGCCCUCGAGUAAAGAGAAGACCUCGCCGACAAAAACCUGAUCCUGGAGUAAAAAUCUAUGGCUGUGCAUUACCCCCUGGAGGCUCUGAAGGAUCCGAGGAUGAAGAUGAUGACUAUGUGCCUGAAAAUGUGACCUUUGCACCCAAAGACAUCACACCUGUGGAUUUCACACCUAAAGAUAACGUGCAUGGACUGGCUUACAAGGGCCUGGAUCCCCACCAAGCAUUGUUUGGAACUGCGGGAGAACAUUUUAAUCUUUUCAGUGGGGGACCUGAGGGAGCCAGCAAUCUCCUUGGAGAGAUUGGGGUGAAUAAAGGAAGAAAAUUGGGAAUUUCAGGCCAGGCUUUUGGUGUUGGUGCCCUGGAAGAGGAAGAUGAUGACAUCUAUGCCACAGAAACUUUAUCCAAAUAUGACACCAUUUUGAAGGAUGAGGAGCCUGGAGAUGGACUCUACGGCUGGACAGCACCCAGGCAGUAUAAAAGUCAGAAAGAAUCAGAGAAAGAUCUUCGAUACAUUGGCAAAAUUUUGGAUGGAUUUUCCUUGGCUUCUAAACCCUUGUCGUCUAAAAAAACUUACCCACCACCUGAAUUGCCGAGAGACUAUCGACCGGUACAUUAUUUCAGACCUGUGGUAGCUGCAACCUCAGAGAACACCCACUUAGUCCAGGUAUUGUCAGAGUCAGCUGGGAAGCCAAUGCCUGACCCAGGGACACACAGUAGGCACCAGCUGAAUGCCUCCAAGCGGGCGGAGUUGCUGGGAGAAACACCCAUUCAAGGUUCAUCUACUUCAGUGUUAGAGUUUCUGUCCCAAAAAGAUAAAGAGAGAAUCAGAGAAAUGAAGCAGGCAACUGACCUUAAAGCAGCUCAACUCAAGGCCAGGAGUCUGGCCCAGAAGGCCUCAAGCAGCAGACCCCAGCCUUCCUCUCCGGACGUGGGUUCCUGCUCGUGGCACAUGGCAUUGAGUGGUGGGACAGCUGCCACGAGAGCCAGCAACUUCAAACCUUUCGCGAAAGAUCCAGAAAAGCAAAAACGAUAUGAAGAGUUUUUAGUACAUAUGAAAUGGGGUCAGAAAGAUGCCCUGGAACGUUGUCUGGACCCCAGUAUGACAGAAUGGGAGCGAGGCCGCGAGCGGGAUGAGUUUGCUCGGGCAGCUCUGCUGUAUGUGUCUUCCCAUUCGACCUUGUCCUCGAGGUUCACACAUGCCAAGGAGGAGGACGAUUCAGAUCAAGUGGAAGUCCCUCGAGACCAAGAGAAUGAUGUCAAUGACAAGCAGUCGGCUGUGAGGAUGAAGAUGUUCGGGAAGCUUACCAGAGACACAUUUGAGUGGCAUCCUGACAAGCUGCUGUGUAAGAGGUUUAAUGUCCCUGACCCUUAUCCAGAUUCAACUUUGGUUGGCUUACCAAGAGUGAAACGUGACAAAUACUCAGUCUUCAACUUUCUGACACUCCCAGAGACUGCUUCCUCACCUGCAACUCAAGCAGCGAGUGAAAAAGGGCCGCAACACCAAGGUCCUGACAAAUCACGAAAACCAUCACGAUGGGAUACAUCUAAACAAGAAAAGAAAGAAGAUUCCAUUAGUGAAUUUUUAAGUUUGGCUAGAUCAAAAGUUGGCCCACCUACACAAGAGUCCAGCCCUUUAGUCAUCAAAGAGGAAGAACAUGUGACGGAGUCACUCUCAGAUAAGAGUGUAAGCAAAGGUGUGGAUUCACAGACUGAAGGAGAAGGGAGCCGCCCAUCCAUGGACUUAUUUAAGGCCAUCUUUGCCAGCUCCUCCGAUGAGAAGUCCUCAUCCUCUGAGGAUGAGCAAGGCGACAGUGAGGAUGAUCAGGCAGGUACCGGGGAAGCUGACUUCAAAAGCUCCCAAGAAACUGACUCGGCAGAAACAUCAUCUGUGGCACGUGCUAGCGAGCCGGUAGCCCAGGAGUCCGCACCUUCCUUUCCGAUACAAAAGAUGCAGAUAGACGAAAGAGAAGCGUUCGGCCCACGGCUGCCUCCCAUCUUCUGCCCCAAUGUUCGUCAGAAACUUGAGGCACCUCAGAAAGAGAAACAUAAAAAAAACAAAGAAAAACAUAAGACCAAGAAAGAGCACAGACGGAGGAAAGAGAAGAAAAAGAAACACCGGAAGCACAAACACAAAGGCAAGCAAAAGAAUAAAAAACCAGAGAAGAGCAGUAGUUCUGAGAGUACAGACAGCAGCGACAGCCCGAGUGGUGAAGAAGGGACUGUAGACCUGUCACCCCAGGAACUGCUGAGAAGGCUGAAAAGUCUUCCACUAAGGCGGCAGUAAUUGAAUUCUGCCCUGGUCUGUCCCAGUACCAGAUCUCCUCCAUGAUGGAAGCUCGUUGAUUGCUAAGUUAAUACAUUGUACAGAUUGUAUUUAUAUGUAAAUUCAUGCUGUAAAAUAAUUUUUAAAACCUUGACAUUUCAAAGGCUGCCUUGGAAGGUUGCAGAAAUUGAUUUCUAUUUUUAACCUCAGUUAGUGUCAGAGGAAAUAAUUCAGACUGUACAGUUUAAUUAAAAUGGAAUUUUUCUAUU